UUCAGAGCCGGGAGCUUGCACCCGGCCCUUCAGCCGAGGAGGGACGAGUGGAGGGACGGUCCCGAGGAGCGAGCGCCCUGCCCCUCCACCCAGUCUGCGCGCCUCGCCGCCGGGAAGCACAGACUAGGGCGAGUUGGCCCAGGAGCCCCAGGAGUCGCCGGUGGGGCCAUCGGGACGCGGCGCUGCGGAGGGCCGCCCCGGGUCGGGGUGUGCUCGGGCCGCCCAUAGGCGAGAAGAAGCCCCCAGCCAUUACAAGCACCCUCGGGUAGUGGGCAGCUGCGCUCCGGCCUCGGCUGGGUCCCGGGAUUCUUGAGCUGUGCCCAGCUGACGAGCUUUUGAAGAUGGCACAAUAACUGUCCAGUGAUGCCUGACCAUGACAGCACAGCCCUCUUAAGCCGGCAAACCAAGAGGAGAAGGGUUGACAUCGGAGUGAAAAGGACAGUAGGGACAGCAUCUGCAUUUUUUGCUAAGGCAAGGGCAACAUUUUUCGGUGCCAUGAAUCCCCAAGGCUCGGAGCAGGAUGUUGAAUAUUCUGUGGUGCAACACGCAGAUGGGGAAAAGUCGAACGUACUCCGCAAGCUGCUGAAGAGGGCGAACUCGUAUGAAGAUGCCAUGAUGCCUUUUCCAGGAGCAACUAUAAUUUCCCAGCUGUUGAAAAAUAACAUGAACAAAAACGGUGGCACGGAGCCCAGUUUCCAAGCCAGCGGCCUCUCCAGCACAGGCUCCGAAGUACAUCAGGAGGAUAUAUGCAGCAACUCUUCAAGAGACAGCCCCCCAGAGUGUCUUUCCCCUUUUGGCAGGCCUACUAUGAGCCAGUUUGAUGUGGAUCGCUUAUGCGAUGAGCACCUGAGAGCAAAGCGCGCCCGGGUUGAGAAUAUCAUCCGGGGUAUGAGCCAUUCCCCCAGUGUGGCGUUAAGGGGCAAUGAAAAUGAAAGAGAGAUGGCCCCGCAGUCUGUUAGUCCCCGAGAAAGUUACAGAGAAAACAAACGCAAGCAGAAGCUGCCCCAGCAGCAGCAACAGAGUUUCCAGCAGCUGGUUUCAGCUCGAAAAGAACAGAAGCGAGAGGAGCGCCGACAGCUGAAACAGCAGCUGGAAGACAUGCAGAAGCAGCUGCGCCAGCUGCAGGAGAAGUUCUACCAGGUCUAUGACAGCACCGACUCUGAAAAUGAUGAAGAUGGCGACCUGUCUGAAGACAGCAUGCGAUCGGAGAUCCUGGAUGCACGGGCCCAGGACUCGGUGGGGCGCUCAGACAAUGAGAUGUGUGAGCUGGACCCGGGGCAGUUCAUCGACAGGGCUCGAGCCCUGAUCAGGGAGCAAGAGAUGGCUGAGAACAAGCCGAAGCGAGAAGGCAGCAACAAAGAGAGAGAGCACGGGCCAAGCUCCUUGCAGCCAGAAGGCAAGCAUCUGGCAGAGACCUUAAAACAGGAGCUGAACACAGCCAUGUCACAGGUCGUGGACACGGUGGUCAAAGUCUUCUCAGCCAAACCCUCUCGCCAGGUUCCUCAGGUCUUCCCACCUCUCCAGAUCCCCCAGGCGAGAUUCGCAGUCAAUGGGGAAAACCACAAUUUUCAUACGGCCAACCAGCGCCUGCAAUGCUUUGGUGACGUCAUCAUUCCGAACCCCCUGGACACCUUUGGCAAUGUGCAGAUGCCCAGUUCCACAGACCAGACAGAAGCACUUCCCCUGGUGGUCCGCAAAAACUCAUCCGAGCAAUCUGCCUCUGGCCCAGCCACUGGUGGCCACCACCAGCCCCUGCACCAGUCGCCUCUUUCGGCCACCGCUGGCUUCACCACCCCUAGCUUCCGCCAUCCCUUCCCCCUGCCCUUGAUGGCCUACCCAUUUCAGAGUCCACUAGGUGCUCCCUCCGGCUCCUUCUCGGGAAAAGACAGAGCCUCUCCCGAGUCCUUAGACUUGACGAGGGACACAACGAGUCUGAGGACCAAGAUGUCAUCCCAUCAUCUGAGCCACCACCCCUGUUCACCAGCACACCCACCCAGCACCGCAGAAGGACUCUCUUUGUCACUCAUAAAGUCUGAGUGUGGAGAUCUUCAAGACAUGUCCGACAUCUCACCUUACUCGGGAAGCGCAAUGCAGGAAGGGUUGUCGCCCAAUCACUUGAAAAAGGCAAAGCUCAUGUUCUUUUACACCCGUUACCCCAGCUCCAACAUGCUGAAGACCUACUUCUCUGAUGUAAAGUUCAACAGAUGCAUUACCUCCCAGCUCAUCAAGUGGUUCAGCAAUUUCCGUGAGUUUUACUAUAUUCAAAUGGAGAAGUAUGCACGUCAAGCCAUCAAUGAUGGGGUCACCAGCACAGAAGAGCUGUCCAUCACCAGAGACUGUGAGCUGUACCGAGCCCUCAACAUGCACUACAACAAAGCAAAUGAUUUUGAGCAGGUUCCAGAGAGAUUCCUGGAAGUUGCACAGAUCACAUUACGGGAGUUUUUCAAUGCCAUCAUCGCAGGCAAAGAUGUUGACCCUUCCUGGAAGAAGGCCAUCUACAAGGUCAUCUGCAAGCUGGAUAGUGAAGUUCCUGAAAUUUUCAAAUCCCCAAACUGCCUACAAGAACUCCUUCAUGAAUAGAGAUUGCAACACUCUUGAAUGUAUGAAUAGAAGUCCCCCUUGGAUGUCCAACUUCUGUGUGUCUAGAUUUUUAUUUCAUACAUAUGUGUGGGGGAGGCAUGGGUGUGUUAUGAUAUCAGCUGGUGGUUUCUGCUCAUCCCCUCUGGGUUCUUUUUAUUUUCCCUACUACAGGGGGGAUGGGUAUUUUCCUUCUUCGCCUUUAGUUACUUUUGCCCAAGGCCCUUAAUAUUUGGAGACUUGAGGUAGGGUUGAUUUUCAGGAAAAGGGAAUGUCAGCCUGUGUAAAGUCUGCAAGAGCCAAGGACACUCUGCUUCCCUGGAAGCCUGUCGUAAAUGGUGGCCAGCAGAGUGAGCCCUGACUGGGACACAGCACACCCCCAGGCCCUGAGCUGUGUCUCUUGUUUCUAGGGUUAAGAAGUUCUGAAAGAAUCCAAGGAAAGCACUUCACACACUGGAAUACCUUGUUUGAUUUGAGCCCCAUAAGUAACUUUUUUCUUAUUAAUGCCAGUGGCCGCUAGGCAGCUCACAUCUCAAAAGUACCCUCAAAGGACAGGUUUUUUAGAACAUUCAUCAGCAAACCUUUUCUAAGAGAAAAGGCAUACAUCCCCAGACUAAAUUUUGUACAAAACCAAUUCUCUCAAGUUGAGACUGAGAAAUCCGUGCAGAUUUCAGCUGUCCCUGUAAACUUUACAACAGGCUCUUGGUGAGAUGUGUGCUCAGAGGUGUCGACUUAGGGAAAACCCUGUGUUUUGUCUUCAUUUCCUAUUUAUUUUGCUUCAGAUAUUAAAAGGCAUGUACCUUUCAAAUGUAUCCUUUGCUCGACUUCCUAUGCUUAGCAUUGCUGUUGCUGUUUAACCUUUUGUGUUCCCCUAAAUCACUAAUUUCUGGAUACCUUUCUACAGUGAGGAAUUGAGAAAUCCCACUGGCCAUGAAAUCCUUGCCCACUCUUGGAGCAUGUUGACAACUGCUAGUGUGUACCUGACCUUCAGGUCCUGUGAGGACACCACCCAGGAAUGGCUCAUUUACAUAGGGUGUGCAAGAGUGGCAGUCUCUCUCUUCACUUUGGGUAUAAUAUCUUAAAGCCACUAAUGAUGCUCUUCUAUUCCAGAAGCUAAUAUUGACCAAUGUGUGAAAAGAGUACAAUAGGUUAGUUUGGGGUUACCCAAGAAGACAAAAUUCCAGCGACUGGGAAAGCUAGCUGCUAUUUUACCCAUUCUCAAAUGGCUCUUCCCCUCAUCCUGUAUUUUGAUGAUGUACCAUGUCCUAUGCUUGCAUUUAAAAUGCUGAAUAUCAUUCACACUUGUUUUCUUGGCUGGAUUUUUGUGUACAGAUGCAGUAAACAGCACUGUCCACUCUAAUAGUGUGGUCCAGACACCUUCUUCCCCUUAGAUAAUUUGAUAAACACACUCUAAAAACAACACAGUAACAGAUCUGGUAUUUAAAACAUAAGGAACAGAAAUGCCAUUUUUUCAUUAAUUUUUUAAAAAUAAAAAUCAGCAUUUGACUUUGGAGGAUGCAGGUCAGCCCUUGUGCCUGUCUAGCUGGCUGGAUCACUGUAAUUCAACAUCAUUUAUAAAUUCUGCUGAUGGACAGGAAUGUAUGAACACAAUUAUUGUCAGCACAAAGCCUUAAAACCUGCUGACUUUAAGCUGCACAGUGCAGCCCUGCGAGGCCCGGCAUCUUCCGGGAGGCCAGAGGCCCUACCUAGUGAGGAGGACAGAGCAUGGACAAGCAUGGUCAACACCACUCAUUCACUACAAUGGCGUCUCCUAGUGUCCACACACUCUGACGUGCAUAUAGAAUUGUUAGAGUAUAUUCGUUAUUUUUCUGGGUGUCUCUAAAACAAAAAAAGCCCAGGUAACCAAGCAUACCACUGAAAUAAAUGCUAAAAAUCAAACAACAGAAUCAGGAGCCCAGCCAGUACAAAGUAUGGAUGUCUUUGACAUGCUUUGUCUGGAAGGUUCCUGCAAGGGUCCAGCAGGGUCCUGACUGUUCUGAGUCAUAUGCCAAUCAGAUCCCCUCCAUGUCACCUUUUGCAAGGUCAAACAAAGGCAAAGCUGCAUUGUAGGCACCUGGGUAGGCAGAUUGCUAGGUAUCUUCACAAUCUGAGACAAAUAAAUACUGAUUCUAAACUUACUUGGAUUUUUAAAAUAUUGUUUUCCUCCACCUUUCUAAUUGAAAUAGACAAGUUUACCCCCCAAAAAAGUGUGUUUGCUACUGAAUGUCAGUGCCCUUAUGUACCUAGAAUCUCCCCUCAGUGUUCACUAAGGCUGAGAUGAUUUCACCCUGUCAGCUCUAUGGUAGAAGCAAGUCUCCAUGGCUUUUCAUUGAGGUGGUUGCUCCCAUGGAUACAGCCAUUGGUAAGAAAAUGACACAAGCCUGUCUCUCAAUGCUCCUAUCCAGCAGUUAGUUUUUAAAUAAAACAACAACAACAACAACAACAACACCUGCUAACUUUCAAGUCUUGGCUCAGCUCUCAUCAAGUGGAAACUGUGUUGUGCACAGUAGAAAGUUAACUUUUCACAGUGGCUGAGUGGGGACCAGCUCCUCCAAAGUCUGUUGCAAUACCACAUCACCACUUCUUUAUGCUAACCCUCUAUUAUUUUUGUGCGUACACUCAAGGUGAUAGUCUGUGCCUAGAUCUAAAAUGCACCAGCGUGGGGGUUUUUAAAAAUCCUUCAAAAUACCACUUCUUUCCCCACAAGUACAGCUGUUCUUGUGCCUUCUGUGGCUUUCGGUUUCAUCUCUUUUCACUUUCUUUCCAGUGAGUACAGCUGCAAUAAACACUAGAUUUUUUUUUUUUUCUGGCUGUUUGACAUAAUGUUGAUAGCUAUGCAUAUUUUGUGUCUUUUUAAAAACAAAGCGGGAGAAUAAUGUUUUUGAAGAAGAGAAAUUUUUAGAACAGUUUGAUACACCGCAAAUUAUUUUUCCCUCGAUUGUUUGAGCAGCAUUCGAGUUUUGGAGACUCUUGUAGAAGCCAAUUUUUUUGUAACUGUGGUGUAACUCUUGUGUUUUCUUAGCCUAAUGAGAAGCACUAUAGAAGCAAUAUUUCAUACCAUGUGCAAUGUGUGUGCAGAGGUGUGGGUGUGAGCACACAGGCACACACAUGUAAAAAUAUACAUAUGUAUGCGUGUGAAGUGGAAAGCUUGCCUUUUCUUAUCUAGACUUAAGACUUAUUUUAGGCAUUUGUUACGUUUUGUGAGAAGAAUGUUCUAUUUGCAACAACACAACAUUUACUUCUUACUGUCUCUCUGGCUGUUCAAUGGAGAUGUUUUGCAUUAAAUGGUAAAAAUAUGUGGAAGAUGUUAGGAUGUAGUAGUUAUUUCAGUAAAUGUUCACCCCAUAUUCCUGAAGUUUGCUUUGUGCCUCCAAGUAUUACUUAAUUGAAGUGUUUUAUGUUUGAAGAAUCCUUGUUACAGUGCUAGGAAUAUGGGUGAAUAUCAUUAAAAAAAAUUAAAAACAUCAAAACAGAAACACUAAAGCAAAGGGGAACUUUUAUAAGGAAAUGUAAAUAUUUCACCUCAUGGCCGUUGUUAUGUAAGACAUGAGAUUUUAAUAUAUCUACAGUGUCACAGCAUCUGUUGAAUUUGUUAGGGACACUACAGUGACUGUACAGGCAGUUGAAAGCAUUCUCAAAAAUUCUGUUCUCUACUGCAGAAAAUAACCGUCUCUAUCAGAUAUCAAGGGCAAGGGUAAUAUCGUCUUUGUAAAUCUAUGACAUUUCUUUUCUGUGUACAUGAAGACAUUUAGUAAGUAAUCCCCCACAUCCCCACACACAUGCAGGUUAGUAGUGACUACUUAGUUAAAAAGUUUUGUUGGGAGUUAAACAUAGGCUGCUCCCCAAAAGCGACCAUAAAUUAAAGAGUGGUUUACAGAUAUCCCCCAGAGCAGCAAUGUGUGUAAGGACGUGAACAAUCUUUGCUGUGUAUAUUAUAGAAUAUUCAUUGGUGUGAACAGCACAACCAUUUCCUCCUGGUGUAAACUCUGUGUCUGCAGAUGACAGCAUUGUUUGCAAAGGCUCCCCUUGGAACAUGUGAUGGUUGGUGUGUGUUACCGCAUCGCACUUCCGUGUUAGACGCAGGGAAGCGAAGCUUUGCCUCUGUAGAUCUGUUGGUUUUAAACCAUCUAAAAAACUAAAACUACAAAGUUCAUCCUCAGAGCUGGGAUCCAAACUGGUGUUUAAUCUUGGCAUCCUUUUGAAUGAUCCUUCUAAGACUAUGUGGAAGUAGGUGGACUUCGAGUCUUCUUGACUGAGCUCUCUCUCAAAUCAGAUACCCCUAAUGUGCACACACAUGAACAGGCAGAAAAUGGCUGUCCUGUCUCUGUGAAAAUGGAUUCACUAGAUAUUUUUUUAAUAACAAAUUCCUCUGCAUAUGAGGGAAUGAACCAUUUUAAAGUUGUAUAUUGCCACUUCAAAUUUAGACUUAGGAAAAAUGAUGUAUUUGGAGUUGGUCUCAGCUCCCUAGAAGAGUCAAAGGUCACAGCUUCCCCAACAUUGUCCCAGCCAUUUCUCAUAUGUAUAUAGUAUCAACCGUGACAAACACUGCCUUUAUAUGAUUUAGCAAUAUGUUGUAAAUAGCAUUAUGAAGCUCUUUUUUUUGUAAUAAAGACCCUUUGAUUUGAAUAUAGUACAAUAACUGAACUGAUAAAGUCAAUUUUGAAUUUUUUUUUUAGCUAGAGGCAAUUUCAAUUGUGCAUUUUGUUAUUGUCUAUUGUUCUGAAGACUGCAUAAUUUAUUGGUUUAAUUUAUCCUAAUUUAUUUGAUGAAGGUGUACAAUUUUGUAUUACCAAGGAUGUACUGUAAUAUUAAUUGAUAGGAUAAAAACAGUGAGACUCCCUGUCCAUAUUCAAAAGAAAAAAAAAAAGGUGCCGUAGACAAUUGAUUUUAAAGUUAAAAGUAAAACAGUUGAGUUUGGCAGCUACAAAAUUUUAAAACAAGGAAAAAAUAAAGGACAAUGUUGUCGUGGGGAGGGCGGGGAGGGUUUCCGUUGUGUGUUUUAAGCUUUUCUAUCUUCUCCGAACUUGGACCGUUUGCUUUGUACCACUAAAGGGUGCAGUAGUCAACUGCCUUGUGUGCCUUCCAUCCUCUCCUAAACUGAAUGUAUGUGCAGUAUAUAUGCAAGCUUGUGCAAAAUAAAAUAUACAUUACAAGCUCA